AUGGUUAUAGCAUCGUUUAUUACUGAAUAUACUGAAUUUACACUAAAAAUGAAAAUAGAACUAUUGACACCCAAUUGCAUUAAUCAUAAAGGUGAGGAUUCAACAGAAUUGUACUCGGUGACGAUUAAUUUUAAUGGAAUUUCGAUGGAUGUUGUCUGCGACUCAGGUGCUCCAUGUAGUUUAAUACCUAAAUAUAUAUUAAACAGGUGCAGCAAAACAGUAAGUCUUAAAAAUUGUAUUGAUCCGUAUGUUGAUUACAAUGGUAAUCAUAUUAAAGUACUAGGUGAAUAUUUCGAAAAUAUUGAGUAUAAUGGUAUAAAUAAGAAAAUUAAGUUAGUAGUUACUAACAAUAAUAGUUCUCCUUUGUUAGGCAGAAAUUUUUUAAGAGCCUUUGGGUUUGAACUUAUUCAAGUAAAUUCUAUUAAUUAUUCUAGUCAAUAUGCUAUUUUUAUUGAACAAAUUAAAAAUGAAUUUAUUGAGAUUUUUGAUGGUGAUAUAGGUACAUAUAAACUAGCCAGAAUUUCUUUACCAAUGGAAAAAGAUUUCAAACCAGUUUUUUUUAAACCACGACCAGUCCCAUUAGCAUGGAAAAGUAAAAUUGAAAGUAAUUUAAGAGAGUUAAUUGCUGAAGAUAUUUUAGAACCAAUAAAUAAUGCAGAAUGGGGUACACCUUUAGUUCCCAUCUUAAAACCGAAUGGUGAUAUUAGAAUAUGUGGCGAUUAUAAAGUCACGAUCAAUAAACAUCUAUCAGAUUUUAAAUACCCGUUACCCCGCAUUGAUGAAAUUUUUGCAUCACUUCAAGGGGGUGAACUGUUUUCGAAACUUGAUUUGUUAAAUGCGUACAAUCAACUUGUACUUGAUGAUAAAUCUCAGCUCUUAUGUACGUGGUCAACACAUAUUGGUACUCUAAAAAUGAAACGUUCACCUUUUGGUAUUAAAACAGCAGCAGCUAUUUUUCAAAAGACCAUGGAAAAUCUUUUGUGUAAUAUUCCCUUUGUAGUUGUAUAUCAAGACGAUAUCACUGUUUCUGGGAGAAACACUUCAGAACAUAUUCAUAACCUUAAAACAGUUCUCUGUAAAUUACAAACUGCUGGUCUUAAGUUAAAUUUGUCCAAAUGUGAAUUUUUUAAAACUAAAAUUUCGUACCUGGGUUUCACGAUUGACAAAUAUGGACUUACUAAAAAUAAAGAAAGAACGGAAUCUAUUUUGAAAGCACCAAUUCCCAAAAAUGUGUCUGAGUUAAGAGCACUAAUCAGUAUGGUAAAUUAUUAUUCGAAAUUUAUUGACAAAUUUGCUGAUAAAAUGAUUCCUUGGUAUCAUUUACUAAAAAAAAAUGUAGAAUUUGUUUGGUCUGAACAAUGUGAUAAAACGUAUGAAAUGAUAAAAAAGGAUAUAACUUCGGAUAAAGUGUUAGUACACUUUAAUCCUAAAUUGCCAAUUGUCCUUACAACAGAUGCUUCUAAUAAAGCUGUAGCUGGCAUAUUAUCGCAUAAGUUUUCUGAAGAUGAAAUAAAACCAAUUGCAUUCGUGACUAGAGCUUUAUCUAAAGCUGAACAAAAUUAUAGCACACUAGAAAAAGAAGCAUUAGCCAUAAUAUUUUGUGUAAGUUUACCAAUUAUGGCAGCUGCACGCAUGCAAAGAUGGGCAUUCAUACUAUCUGGUUUUAAUUAUAAAAUUGAGUAUGUCAAGGGACACACUAAUGAUGCGGAUAAUUUAUCACGCAUACCUCAAGCAAUACAUCGCGAUCAGGAUGAGGGAAGCUCAUUCAUUAAUUAUAUUCAAAGUGAAAAUAUAUUAAGCAUUGACUUUAAGGAUAUAGCUCGCGAAACAAGACGCGAUCCAAUACUCUCUAAAGUAUGUGAUGCUGUAAGAAAAGGAACAGUCAAAACUUUAAAAGAUGAAAAAUUUACGGCUUUUACAAGCAAAGAUACAGAAUUAACAGUAGACCAAGAGUGCUUACUCUGGGGGUAUAGAGUUAUAAUUCCAUUGAAGCUUAGGACAUCCAUUUUACAAUCACUACAUGAAUCUCACUUAGGCAUAGUCAAGACCAAAUCACUAGCAAGAUCCUUUGUAUGGUGGCCAAAACUUGAUAGGGACAUAGAAAAUUUAAUUAAAUCAUGUCUUCCUUGCCAAAAACUAUUGCCAAGUCCGGAGAAAAGUAAACUAAUUCCAUGGAAGGUAACGAAUACUGUCUGGCAAAGAAUUCAUAUUGACUUUGCGGGUCCAAUUAAGAACUAUCAUCUUUUUGUCAUAAUUGACUCUUUUUCAAAAUGGGUCGAAGUUUUCAAAACAAAAGAUAUCACAUCUAGUUUUGUAAUCACUAAGUUAAGAGAAACUUUUUCACGUUUUGGUAUUGCUGAAACUUUAGUUAGUGAUAAUGGCAGACAAUUUGUCUCCGAAGAGUUUAAAAAUUUUGUUAAUAACAACAAAAUUAAUCACAUUUUGACUGCUCCUGGUCAUCCAUCAACUAAUGGCCAAGCAGAAAAUUUUAUUAAAAGUUGA